AUGUCGAAAGCUCACCCCCCAGAAUUGAAAAAGUUCAUGGACAAGAAGUUGUCAAUUAAACUGAACGCUGGUCGCGCAGUGACCGGUGUUCUACGAGGUUUUGAUCCUUUCAUGAAUCUAGUAUUGGAUGAAUCGGUUGAAGAAUGCAAAGAUGGUCAGCGAAACAACAUAGGCAUGGUGGUGAUCCGAGGAAAUAGCAUUGUAAUGUUGGAAUCGUUAGAUAGAAUAUAA